AUGGAGGCCAACAUGCCGAAGAGGAAGGAGCCUGGCAAGUCCCUCCGCAUCAAAGUCAUCUCCAUGGGCAACGCCGAAGUGGGAAAAAGCUGUAUAAUAAAGCGAUACUGUGAGAAAAGAUUUGUAUCUAAAUACCUGGCAACAAUUGGAAUUGACUAUGGAGUCACAAAGGUACAAGUCAGAGACAGAGAAGUCAAAGUUAACAUCUUCGAUAUGGCUGGACAUCCCUUCUUCUAUGAGGUUCGCAAUGAAUUUUACAAGGACACACAGGGUGUAAUACUGGUUUAUGAUGUUGGGCAGAAAGACUCCUUUGACGCUCUUGAUGUGUGGCUGGCAGAAAUGAAGCAAGAGCUUGGACCUCAUGGAAACAUGGAAAACAUUGUAUUUGUAGUGUGUGCCAACAAGAUUGAUUGUACCAAGCACCGCUGUGUAGAUGAAAGUGAAGGGCGUCUUUGGGCUGAAAGCAAAGGGUUCCUGUACUUUGAAACUUCAGCACAAACUGGAGAAGGAAUCAAUGAGAUGUUCCAGACCUUUUAUGUAUCCAUAGUUGACUUAUGUGAAAAUGGCGGGAAACAUCCUGUCAUAAAUAGCAGUGCUAGUUUCACCAAAGAACAAGCAGACACCAUUCGCAGAAUUCGAAAUAGCAAAGAUAGUUGGGACAUGCUGGGAGUCAAACCUGGGGCCUCAAGGGAUGAAGUCAAUAAAGCCUAUCGGAAGCUUGCUGUGCUUCUUCACCCAGACAAAUGUGUAGCACCUGGUAGUGAAGAUGCCUUCAAAGCAGUUGUGAACGCCCGGACUGCCCUCCUGAAAAACAUCAAGUAG